ACACACAUAUCAAGGCAAAUUUAAAAUGAGGAUUACCUGGCGAACGUUUCCCAAAUUGCUAAUUGUGGUGCCAUUGCUGCACUUUUACCUGGCCCACUGUGUUCAGGCCGAAUCAGAGGAGCACAAGCGCCGCAAAGAAUCGGAGCAACCUAAUGGACAGAUGAAUAUCGCCUGGCUGAUGAGGCAGGGGAUGUUGCGAAAACCCUGGGUGGACACCCUGUACGGAAGCUCGAUGGCGAGGAAGUAA